UAAUGUCGGGGAGUGAUUUCGCUCUUACAGCACCUUUUUCUCCCCGAUUUUACGACCAAAUGAACCUUAUCUAGAAGAUGGAAUGUAUAAAUCCUGAUUGUACAAAAGCAGAUCUUCUUAAAAGGCUGUUUGCUGGCGUAGAGAAAGCCGAAGACCUGCCUAAAAUAUGUCCUUACUGCGGAUCUUCCGGGCUGCGACAAAUAUCAGCCAUCAACAUAACGAAAGAUGAAACCACAAUUUCAACAGCAAAUGAUGAAACAACUACGGGACCAAGAGAAGAGAAAAGUUUGGAAGCUUCAUCAAUAAUCAAAAACUCCCCUGGACAUCAAAACACAGUGGAAAAUAAAGAUGAAAGAAAGACACCAGUAAAUGAUGAAAAACCUGCAGUCAGACUCAACAUUGAUUCCCAACAUGAUAUUAAUGACAACGUGCAUGGUAUUCAGUAUACAUCAACAAAAGAGAGCAAUGCAACAAAAGGAAAACAAGUGCCUGAUGUUGUGAAACAGCAAAAUGCUGGUAGUAGUGAAGAUAUGUCAUGUCCAAGUAUCAGCUCUAAUAAAGGUUUGCAAACAACUUCAGAUACAUCAAGCUGCCACGUGCCAUUGCUUAGUCAAGUUCAUACUGAUUCCAGUGUAGAGUCAAGUGUAGACAAAACCAUUUUGCAUAAAUCAGAUCAUGGUGGUAGGGAGAUGAGUGAGACGUCUACAGUUGUCAGGGCCCACAUGUCUGUCAUUGAUGACAACAUGCACAGUAAUCACCAUGCAUCAACAGUAGAGAGUGAUGGAACAAAAUCAAAGCAAGUGUCUGCAGAUGUGAAACAGAAUACUGGUAGUGAAGGUGUGUCAUGUCCAAGUACCUCUGAUCAAGGUUUGCAAACAGCAUCAGAUACAUCUACCUGCUGUGAGGCAUUACUUAAUGAAGUUCAUACUAAUUCCAGUCUAGAGUCUAAUGUAGACACAAUUUUGUCUAAAUCGAUUGAUCAUGGUGUUAGGAAGAGUGAGAAGUCUAAAGUCGAUAAGACACACACCUCUGAACAAAGUAACAAUGCAAAGGAGGCAUUUGAAACUCCACCUUAUAACACUAGACUACGAGUGUCAUUGAAUAAUAAACAGAAGCAAGCAAGUAAGCCUAAAAACCAGGGUAGCCUUGAGCCAAUGAACAACCAACAGCAUCAAAGUAGUGACCAAAGGACAAAUGGAGUCAAUGGAAAAUCUUUGAAGGGAAGUGUGACUAUCCUUGGAACAGCUUGUGUCUUUGGAAAAACAAAUGAAAGUAUGCCAUGCAGUUCUAGUGCUACUGAAGAUUCUAAUCUAACUCCUGACAACAACCAACUGGAAAAAAAACAUUCACAAGCUAAAGAACAAACAUAUGUGAACAAAGAUAAUGGUGAAGCCAUAUCAAAAGCCAACGAAAAAUCGAUGGAUCUCGAUCCAGAGAAGAAUGCAGAUAAAGGAGGUGCUGAGAGAGAAAAUGAUUCAAAAUUACCUGUUCAAGCUAAAGGAGAUGACAAUAAAUCUGGUUCUGCUUCUAAUACUGAUCAAGAAUCAGAGUCUGAAGAAGAAACCAAUAAACCAUCAGAACAAAAAAGUGGACCUGUACCCUAUGAUAAGGAAGUGAUUAAAGAGAAAAAGAAAAAAAGGAAAAAUAAGAAGAAGGGCAAAAAAACUUCUAAAAAGGAACCCCAAAAGGAGGAAGAACCACAAGCAAGCACCAGUAUUGAUGCUAAGGCACAAAUGACAAUGACAACACAACAUGAGAAAAAUAACUCUACACAUGGUAAGCAAGAGAACCAACCAGUUGAACACAAGAAUUCUAGAGAACAGUUAAGGGAUAUACAGUGCACAGUGAAUGCACCACCUCCACCUGAUGUAACAGCACAAGACUGUGUCACUGUCAUAUUCCAUGCCUUAUUGUCACCUGACUUUCACUUCAACCCU